AUGAGACAAAACGUCCGUGCGUUGUCUUGGAUCCUUCAUCUUCUUCUCCUGGGAAGUUCCGACUCCUUCACGACGCUUCAAUCGAGGAAAACUACCCUCCAUGGCACCACCAGACGAUUGCCCAUGGCAUCCGAUAAUGAGGAAGUGACGGUGAUUGCUGGACCAAGUCUGCCAGAAAUACCCCCCAUGUCCAAACGACUCUUUUUGGUUCGACACGGAGAGGUCAUCAACCCUGGAGGUGACAGACCGGUGUUCUACGGGGCCCUCGAUGUUUCCCUUAGCCCUUUGGGAGAACAAGAGGCAACAGCAGCUGGGCAGUACCUUUCACAGUUUGACUUGGAGCAUGUGUUUGCCAGCCCUCUUUCGAGAGCCAUCUUUGGUGCCGAGGAAGUGAAGCGACUGCAAAAACGAGCAGAUGCGCUGACCAUUACAAUCAACGACAAUUUUAAAGAAUUGGAUCGUGGAGCCUGGUGUGGUAAGACAAAGGCGGAAAUUGGACCAAAAGAGAUGGACCGAUUUGAUGCCUGUGAUGAAUCUGUAACACCCGAAGGGGGAGAAUCGUUUCCCUUUCUCAAAGCACGAGUAUUGAAGGCGCGGGAUGAAGCAUUGGACAAGAUCAGUGCUGGCAAAGCCGCAGCCGUCGUGUCGCACUUGCAAGUGACAAGAUCCAUGCUCAGCGAAGCCAAUGGUCUUCCGACCAGCGCAAUGGCCAAGCUCAAGAUUGCCACGGCUUCAGUGACAUGUAUUGAUUAUGACAUGGUGACAGGAACCCAAACUGUGCACUUUGAGAGCUUCAAGCCUUAA